AAGGGUAAUUUGGGACACGGCCGUGCGGGACCUAUCGCUGCCAGCUCAACGGCGAAUGAAUGACGUGGAUUUACAGUCACUUACAUUUCAACGUUCAGCUGUGGUCUGAGUGCGGGGUCUGUGUACUGGUGUAAUAGCGUGUUGUCACAGCAGAAAAACAAUGAAUAAAGCCAAAGUCGAGAGUCUUCGAGACAAAGUGGAUGGAAAUGAGCUGGACCUCAGUCUGUGUAACCUCACAGAAGUCCCAGUGAAGGAGCUUGCUGCUGUUCCCAAAGCCACAGUACUGGACCUUUCCUGUAACAAUCUCACAACCCUAACUCCUGAUUUCUGUAUGCUGACUCACCUGGUUAAAGUCGACCUGAGCAAGAAUCAGCUGGUGAGCCUGCCAGAGGAGAUCGGGCAACUUUCCAGCCUGCAGCAUCUGGAUCUGUACAACAACAAGCUGACCAUGUUGCCUCUCAGCUUCUGCCAGCUAAGGAGUCUGAAGUGGCUGGACCUUAAAGACAACCCUCUGGAGCCGACGCUGGCCAAAGCUGCAGGCGACUGUCUGUAUGAGAAACAGUGCAGGCAGUGUGCAGGGCAGGUUCUCCAACACAUGAAGUUUCUCCAGGAAGAAGCAGAUAAGGAGCGAGAACGCCGGCUACUGAAGGAGAAAGAACAAGAGAAGAAAAGAGAAGCGAGGCAGAAGGAGAGAGAGGCCAGAGAAAGAGAAGCACAGAAAAAGAAAAAGGCAGAGGAGAAGGAGAGGAAAAGGAAGGAAUACGAAGCGCAGGUGGCUGCUCAGGCUGCACAGGAACAACAGAAAAAGAAGAAAGAGGAGAAGAAAAAGAGAGCCAGCCAAAAUCAAGAUAAAAAGAAGGUCUCCGGUCCUGCUCCUCAGACCAGACGCUCUGCGUGCUCUCGGAUCUUCUCUCUCUUCCUCAGGAUUGUCUUCUUGCUCAUCGUCAGCACUGCAGCAGUGAUCGGUACUUGUCGGGUCACUGAGCUGAAGAAGGAGGCGUUUUGUGCUCCUGUAAAUCUGUACACAGAUGAGGUGCUGAGCUGGGCUCGAAGCCUGGAUGUGGUGCAACAAGUUAUGCAGAAAAUCUCUGACCUCCAACAAUGACACCUCUCUGGCUCGGACUGACGAGACGGUGAAAAUGUGUGUACUAGGGAACUACACGGGAAAAUGUUCCCCUGUUUCCGUGUCUCGUUUUAAAAUUAUGGCGGUUUAGGGGAAAAAAUGAUCAGUUUUCCAGAACUGAAACUAGAGAAAGUGGACUUCAGGUCUUUCCAGCUGCUUUCGAGCUACUGAACAAAGAAACUUAUCAAAUGUGACCAUUCGGCGCCUUAUGAAUUGUUCGUAAAUAUCUUAUUAAAUCGCACGGCUGCUGCAUUGGGAGCAUGCGUCCAUAUUUCUAAUGAUGUAGGAAAAACACAUGGGUACAAAUGUACAAACAGUGCCAUUUUCUCUUCCAGUAUAAUGCAAAAAAAACAACAACAACUCUUGCUUAUGUCAUUCAAGUUUAUUUCCUCACCCAGGACACAUCUACCGUUAUAUACGUGAGCAUCAGGAAGCAGGGUUUCACCUGGCCGUCUUCCUCGGCACUGUGUAUGUACUACGAGUAUGGAUUUGUAUACAUUUGUAAUAAUAAUAAUAAUAAUAAUAAAAAGUUAUUUUAAUUGUUA